AUGGCUACGUUGCCGUGAAUUUUCAAACUUAUUUUCUUUCAGCACAUUCGAAAAUUUAUAUUUUAAAUGAUCAUUCAGGGUCUGUCUGAGUGUUUACGCUCAAUGUUCUCGCUUUAAAUUGUUCAAAACUACCGAUCUAUUUUCAUUCUGAAGAAAUAAACUAACAUCUUGAUUUAACGCGUCUGUCAGCAACUGUGAAUUAAAUUAAUAUGUCAAACUCAGAUACUCAAGAAAAACUAUCGGAUAUUUUAGCUCGCGAACCGAAUCCAGAAACUCAAAAGCUUGAAAAGGAUCGUGCCAUAGCUUUUCAAUCACUAGCCACGUUUUAUAUCAAGUACAUUCAAAUUUUUCGAAGCUUGGAACGAUGUUAUGAUCAGAUUGUCCACCCACAAAAAAGACGUCUUCUUAGAACCCUCCUGGAUUCAGUAAUUGGGAGGUUUCUGGAGAUAAAAAAGGAAAUGGUGAAACUGGAACUUUCUGAAUAUCAUUAUUUUGAUGAUACACUAGUGGAUUUAAAAUUAACGCCGAGUGACGUUGAAAUACCAAUACCAAAGUACUUUGUAAAUGAAAAUUUUAGAGCGCUAAGAGAUAGAGAGCAAUUUUUGGAUCAUCUAAUAUCAAGCACAAAAACGGAUGAAACAAAGGAUGAGGGGAUGUUGAUGUCAGUUGAUCAGGCUAUACUCCUCAUUCAAAGGCAUGAACGCGCACGUCAAGGCAGGAUAAGAGCCAGAUUUAUGAAAGAAAUUCGUCGGCUGGAAGAAUCGGAAAAGAGUAAAGGUGGCGAGAGGAAGACUUAUACAACUGAUGAGGCUGCAAUUAUUAUUCAAAAGUUGUGGAGAGGUUUUAUGUGUCGUAAGAAAGUUGGGAUUAUGCGCAAAGAAGAACUUAUGUGGCUUGGUAUGGUACCAACAAAUCUACAUCACAUUGUACAAAAAUCUAAUGUGGUUAAGUUAGCUAAUCGUGUGGAUGCAGUGCGUAGAGUAACACAAAAUAUCUAUGAACAAGAAUAUCAACAAGCAUUGGUUCAGGUAAAAGAGAAAAUUCGAGAUACUGAAGGUCCAGAUAUGCGUGAAGCAAUGCAGGAUCAAAUACGGCAGUGGUUUAUUGAGUGCAGAGAUGCAACUGGAAAAUUUCCUGACUAUCCAGAUGAAGAUGAAGGAGGUUCUGCAUUAAUUUUUAAGGAAAAAACACCGGAAGAAUUAGAAAGAGAAUUAAGAGAAAAGGAUGAGGCAAGUCAAAAAUCUAAAGGAAAAAACAGUGGAAAAAGUAAAAAGAAACCGUCACCUAAAAAGAAUGAUAAACAAAAAAAGAAAAAAGGCGAAGAGGAACCAGAAGGAUUCAAAUUCUCACCAUCCGCAUUUCUUGGUGAAAUACAUGAAGGAUGUCAUAAUUAUCAAGCAUUAUGGAAAAAUCGUGAUGAAUCUGACAAUUUUCAACAACAUUAUGAUGAGGAAAUUAUCAAAGAGGAUAAACGUUUAGAAGUUGAAACAGAAAUACGAGUUCAGGUUGAUGAAUUACUUCGUGAAGAGUUAAGAAAUUUAAAAAUUGCGAUUGAUAAAGAACGUGUUCAACGAAAGAAGAAAAGUCGUGCGAAGAAAGGCAAAAAAGGUAAAAAAGGCAGAAGAAAAAAGGAGAAAGAUCUUACACCUGACAGAACAUUGAUCUCACUUUUUGAAGAAUUAGUAUUGGCUGGAAUAAUUAAAAAAGUUGAAAAAUACUCAAUGAAUGAAUACUCUGGGGAAUAUUCUUAUUUAGGUACAACGUUAAGACAAGCCAAUGUUGAACCACAACCAACGUUAAGUGAUGUACGUAGAUUAGUGACAGAAUAUGCUAUUCUACCAUUAGGCUCACAAAGUGUUCAUGAAAAAGCUCCGUUGAUAAAGUCUCUUCUGUUGGCUGGACCACAUGGAACUGGUAAACGUAUGUUGGUCAAUAUUAUAUGCACUGAAACUGGAGCUAAUCUGUUCGAUUUAUCUGCAGAAAAUAUUGCAGACAAAUAUCCUGGUAAAGAUGGUCUUAGAAUGUUGAUACACCUAGUUUUUAAAGUUGGACGACUUCUUCAGCCUUCAGUAAUAUUGAUUAACGAUUGUGAAAAAAUGUUUAAAAAGAAACUUCCCAAAACUGAUUUGGCAGAUCCUAAAAGAUUAAAAAAAGAAUUACCUAAAGCAAUGAAGAUUUUAACACCGAAUGAUCGUGUUCUACUUAUUGGUUGUUCAUCAGCACCAUUUGAAGCAGAUAUUCGACCAUUUUGUAAAUUAUAUCAAAAAAUUAUUUUGAUACCAAGACCAGAUUAUGCUUCUAGAAAUAUUAUCUGGAGAACACAAAUUAUACGUCAUGGAGGAAUACUAACAGAUGAACUAGAUAUUACUUCAUUAACAAAAAUAUCUGAUGGUUAUACAUCUGGUCAAAUAGCUCAAGCAUGUAGUCAAGUUAUUACAGAACGGCGUAUUGCUCAGCUAAGUAGGAGAUGUUUAAAAGCUGAAGAAUUUAUUACACCAUUGGCCCAAAUCGAUCCAGUAUUCGCUGAUGAAGAAGAAGCAUAUAAGGGUCGUCGUCGUGUUUUGGGGUCAAUAAAUCUUCAUUUAUACCAGUCUUCCUGUUCUUACUUUCGCGUCGUGGAAAUCGCAGAGGUCCCUCGUUUCGAGUAUAAAUGAUAACCGUUUCCGACAUAACAAUCAGCGACGACCAGAUAUAACAAGUAGCAUUCAAUUGACAAGUUAUAACAAUUUAUCAUUUAACAGAUUCAAAAAUUACGUAUUUUUCAACAAAAAAAAACACUGGUUAUUGAAGUUGAUCAUCAAGAUUAUUGCUUUAAAUGUUCUUUUUACAGACAUGGUAUCGUAAAACACCUCUUGGUAAACAGAAAGCUUCAGCUAUUCAAGCUGAAAGUGAAGCGGCAUCUGGUGGAGCUAAUAAGAAACCCGUUAAAGGUCGAAAGAAAUGAAUUAUUAACCAAAAAUGUGAUUUUCUUUCUUGUUUAUUUGUUUAAGUUAAUGAAAAUUAUGAAAAGAAAAAAACAUGUCACUGAAUUUGUUUGUUUCUGUAAUUUAUCAGAAUAAUUAUUUAACGUUUAUCGACUUUCUGUACGUUGCAUAUGAAUAAAUAUUUCUAUGAAAAGAACAGAUCUCA